UUAGUUAAAUUAUUUUGUUUUUUUCAUUUAGCUUACGAUAGAAAUAAUACACAGUAGAAAUACAAACUCUUAAUAUAGAGUUUAGUAUACGUUCUUUGGUAUCAACGGUAGUAGGAGCCUGUUUUAACGAGGGGAGCAUUAAUGGCGUGACACCGUUACCAUGGUGACAGAACUGCUACAUCCGGACGCUCGUUGGAAAAGGGAACAUGUUAUUUUGGUGAUGUCCUUGUUUGGCUGCUAUAUAUUAGUUAAAUUAGUUGAGUUUUUUCAUUUAUCUUACGACAGAAAUAAUACACAGUAGAAAUACAAUCACUUACUGUAGAGUUUAAUAUUAUAACGUCAAAAAAAAAAGGAAGUUAAGUUGUGUUUCCAUCGUUUACUCAGAUAUAAAAACAUGGACUCUGAGUAUUUACACAGACACCUGGGGAAAUGUCUGGCAGACGGACUCGCUGAAGUGUCUGAGAGGCGUCCUGUGGACCCCAUCCACUACCUGGCCCACUGGCUGUACAAGUACAACUCUAAUGCAGAAUAUGAGAAAGAGAGAAACGCCAAUUUGGAACUCCUGGAGCAAGAGCAGGCGAAGGCCAGAGAAGAGGCGUUGCAUCAGGAGAAGCUGAGGGAGGAGGAGCAGAAGAUCAGUGACGCCUUGGCAGAGUCUGAAAAGAGCAUAUCGCCACAUCAUCAGAUCUCUGAGAAGGAUGAUGCACCCACGUCAGCUACAGCAGGAGCUGCUGAGGACAACAAGCCUGCGACAGAAGAGAAACCAAAAACCCCUGAUCCAGAGAACCAGCAAGACGCAGAUGAACACCAAACUGAAGCUCAGGAAAAUGUCACUGAACCGGAGGUUACAGAUAAUGUUACCAGUCCAGAGUCCCCUGAGAGAAAACCUUUGGAGGCCAGUAGCUCUUCCCUCUCUGAGGCCCUCAGCACAGAGGUCAAAGAGGAGUCUACAGAAGUGCCUGUUGAAAAAGUGGAGCCGCGGGGCGAUCAAGAUGAAGAGAAAACAGAGGUGGAGCCAAGAGACAAUCACGUAGAAGAGAAAACAGCAAACACCGAUCAAAUAGAAGAGAAAGGAGUUGGCCAAGAUGAGGAGAAGGUGGUUGAUGAAGCUGACGCUACUGAAUCUGAGCAGACUGACGCGUUACACUCAACUCCCGACCGAGACACUGACGACUUAAAACCAGACAAAACAGAAGAGCUACACGACAAACAAAGUCCUCGUUCCCCUCAGGACAAAGAGAAGGUUGAUGAAAAAGAAACUGAUACGUUGGAGUCAGCACCACAGAGUGUAGCUCUCGAACCAGAGGAGACAUUUGCUACUGAAGAAACUGAACAAGAGACACCAAAACCUGGUUCUCCACCUCUUCAGGAACAGGAAGAGGAGGCAGACGGGCAACACACAACAAAUGAGCCCACUGAUAGCUCGGCUCCAACUGACAGUGACGUAACAGUAGAGAGCGAGAGACCACAAGAGUGGGAAAACUUUUCUCCUGACAUGGAGUCCAUCAAGGAAGAAGAAGAAGAAGAAGAAGACCAAACAUGAUCCAUCUUUUAUAUGAGUUUUAAUGUUUUUAUAGCUUCAGUAUACGUGUAGUUUAAAUAUAAAACCUGCAAAAAAAUAAACAUUUAUCACCAAUA